AUGCUAUUAUUUAAAAAAGUGAAUUCAAAGGUGUUAAGCAUAAAUAACUAUUUACAGAAAUAUUUAGAAUCAAACCAGUUUGAGAAAAACCUAAAAGAAGCAUUGAACAACAAAAAUUAUGGAGUAUCAAACAGCCUUUUGUAUGAUUUAUCCAUCUCAACAUAUGAUGCAAAUUAUUAUAAGAGAGUCCUCAGUGAGGUUUUCAAGGCUAUUCAAGAAAAGCCGUCCAAAUGGAGGAGAAUUUAUAAGGGGUUAAGGUUGUGUGAAUACGUAAUGAAGAACGGGUGCGAGUAUUUUAUAAGUGACGUAAAAGAAAAAGAGGAGUUGAUUAAGAAACUAACCCAUUUCACUUACUUAGAAGAUUUAAGAGACAAGGGUAUAGGAAUAAGAGAAAUUUCGAAUAAUAUAUUAACACUUCUUAAAGACAAUAAAUUUUUAAAAAAUGAAAGAAUAGAAGCAGCUAAAUAUGCAAAUUUGUGUACAAAUAUUGAAUCAAAACCAAUUGAAAAAAAAGGAUUUUUCUCUAAUAGAAGAAAAAAAAAAAAACAAGGAAAAAAAAAUUUUUUGGAGCAUAAUAAAAGAAAUUUUAUGGACACAAGAAAUGCAAAAUAUAAUCAACAAAAAAGUAUAUUUGAUCAAAUAGAAGAAGAAAGAAGUAUGUUAAAUAAAUAUACAAAUGAUACAUAUGGUGAUCAUAAUAAUACCAUGCAUAGAACAAGAGAUAGGAACAAAGAUGAUGCACAACAUAAAUCUAAGUCGUCAUCUUCGUCCACUUCGGAUUCAUCCGUUGAUAGCAGUAGUAACAGUAGUAGUAGAAGUAAAAGCAGUAGAAGAAGCAGAAGCAGUAGAAGAAGCAGAAGCAGUAGAAGAAGCAGAAGCAGUAGAAGAAGCAGAAGCAGUAGAAGAAGCAGAAGCAGCAGAAGCAGCAGAAGCAGUAACAGUAACAGUAGUACCGGUACUAAUAGUAGCAGCAUAUCAAAUAAUAAAAAAAAAAAGUCAAAAGGAAAACAUAAAGGACAUAGUUAUAAUUCCUCUAUGAAAUCAUCAAAGUAUUCUCGUUCAUCAUCUCAUACAAAUUCAAAAUCAAGAUCCUCGUCUCAUUCUCAUCUCAGGGGAGUUUCUCGUAAGUCAUCGGGUUCAUCAGGUCAUAAUUCUAUUAGUUCAUAUUUAUCUCGAUCAUCAUCUGGACCAUCACGUUAUUCUUCUGCAUCGAGCAAUUCUAGUUAUGCUUCGAAGAGGAAACUGCAUGCACGGGAUAGCAAUCAUAGGGUUAGAGAGCAUAGGAAGGAUAAAUCGGCAAGGCCACGUUGA